CGUGGACUGGAAUGGGCCAGUCAUCUUUCAAAAAUGUCGAGCAAUGAGAAUGCCGAGCUUCCGCUGCGGCGUAAGAUCUGGUUUGCCAUUUUUGGCUGCUUGCAGAAUUCCAUGGUCGGAGGAAUGCUGUACGGAUGGGCUUGCAUUGAUCGUUCCAUUCUCUCAGCUUCCACGGCCAAUGGCGGAGCGGGCCUCACUUUAUCGCAAACCACUCUCAUGUUUUCCUGGGCCUCUUGUGCCGCAAUGGUAUCAACGCUGGCUCUCGGUAUUGUACUAGAUCGGUAUGGUCCAAGACUUUGUUCGGUGCUUGCGCAUGCGAUUAUUGCUCUCGGCUGUCAGGUAUUUGCCAUGUCGAACCGAUUCGAGACUUUUGCAUUGGCGGUAUGUCUCAUCUCGUUGGGAGGACCGGGAAUUCAAGUAUCUAUUGUUCAUCUCGCCAAUCUGUUUCCGGACAAUCAGUAUUUAGUACUGAGCUGCCUUAAUGGAACGAUAUCCAUCAGCUUUGCCGUCUUUGCCAUGUUUGACUGGCUGUGGGAAAAAUAUCCGAACGUUGGCUUUCGUUCCUUGUUCGGCUACUACGCUUUGGUUGUACUGGUAUCACUGGUGGCCUCAGCCAUUUACUGGCCCGACGAACCCUUCGAGGCACCGGAAAAAGAGUAUGAUCCGCUGGAAUUUUUGGAACCCACGCCGGAAGAAGAUUAUUUCGAGGCUACAACGGCUCACCGCCACUUGCUCGAACAACCUCUCGACUCGUAUCUCCGCGCCGACAUCAACCCGCAACUCGUACGGCACAAUUCGUACCGGGCGUCCAAAAAGGCAUUGGACAGGGGUGACGAAGCUCUCAUUAGUUUAAAGGAUCAGCCCUUUUGGAGGCAGUUUUGCAGUGGUACCUACUUUCGGACCGUACUCUUCUUUGUUACGGUCUGCUUUUUAGCGAAUUUUUACGUGGCCUCCUUUUCGACCGAGAUGGCCGACUCGCGCAACUUUUCGUACGAAUCACAACGCGAUCUGGCACGAAUAUUUACCCUCAUCAUGGCGGCAGGUGUGCUGGCAUCGCUCGUCGUUGGCGUUCUCAUGGAUCGCAUUGGUUUGGAUGCGUGUACUGCUCUGACACUACUCCUCGGCCAAGGUCAAAUUUUGAUUCUUGUUUUCGUCCCGGACCAUCGACGUUGGAUGAUCUUUGGGUUCGUUGUUUACGUCUUUUUUCGACAAUUCUUGUUUCCCGUCUACAUUGCGAAUUUGACGGCACAUUUGGGUUUCAAAUAUUUUGGACUCCUCAACGGACUAGGCUUUGCCGCCUCGGGCAUUGCUCAGGUGUUUAUGGCAUCACUGGUCCAAGUCGUGCAAGGAGACUGCAACAUGGUCUCGACCGAUCCCGGUGAAGAUACCCAAACGGUCGAUUGUGAAAUUGGUCGAUGGAUGGACCUCCACGUUGUUGAGUUUGUUUUGAUGGGUUUGCUGCUACUAGCACCGUGGAUCGAAAGUCGGGAGAAACUCCGGCGUCAAGAGCGUAUUCAAGAAUUACUGCGGAUUGCCAGCCAAACGUCCAUGAGCUACGGGUCCGUAUCGCCCUCCCCAUCCAAUUUGGACGACCACGCCAGGGUUGGCAUGGAGUUGUAA